UUCAAAACAGAUAAGUACUGCUGUGGUGCGUUUGCACGAAUAUGCCAAAAAUGGCUCGCAGUGAUCACAUUUACUUUUUAAGACAGGCGUUCGUCACCUUCACAGUAUGCGUGCAGUCAGUGGGCAUCGGCAUCAUGCUGGGUUUUCCAGCCAUCCUGAACCCUGCGAUCGUGGACCCGGAUAGCGACAUCAAGGCUUCGUCCAGUGACGCAUCUUGGCUUGCAUCAAUCCUUGGAAUGGCUGGAGUAAUCGGUUUCUUCGUCCUCUCACCAUUACUGCAGACUGCUGGACGUAAAUGGACGAACAUCCUCAAGAAUUUAAUAAUGGGCAUUGGCUGGAUCAUAUUUUACUAUGCAACCUCUUUACCAGCAUUAUACGCCGCCAGAUUCAUACAAGGCGUUUCCAUGGGCGGCAUUUAUAUCAACGUCAUUCUCAUUGGAGAGUACUCGGACCCUGAUCGCAGAGGUUACUAUACAGCAUUCCAGAAAGCUUCCUUAUCAGCUGGAACGUUAUUCUGCCACGCCAUGGCUCUUUCUUUUACAUGGAGAGACGUCGCAGCAAUCGCCAUUAUACCACCCAUGUUGGCAUCAAUACUCACAUGCUUCUGGCCAGAGUCACCCUUCUUCUUAGCCAUGAGGGGACGUUUCGACGAAUGCGAGAAGUCCUUCCACUGGCUCAAUGGGACGAAAAGGAAUCAAGAACUGAAGGAUUUGAUAUCUUCGCAACGAACAAGGAUAGAACAAGAAAAAUACGAUCAACGAACCAUCAGAAAAUGGUUGCAUCUGUUAUCAAGGCGUGAUUUCCGGAGAGCGUUGUUGAUAGUCGCCAUUUUGACUGUAGCAAUUGAUUUGAGUGGUCGUAACUUUUUGAAAGCAUACAUAGUUCAGAUCAUGACGAGUUUAACAGGCAGCAAAACGACUGGAGUGUAUUUCUCUAUAUUAUCAGAUUCUCUAGUCAUUAUAGCUUUGCUGUUAUCCAGUCUAGUUAUUAAAUUUUGCCCGAGGAGAAGGCUCCUUUUCACAUUUGGUCCUUUGACUGUUCUCACGCUUAUUGUCAUAAGUUUGGUGUUAUUUUUGAAAAACACUUAUGACUUCAAUAUUUCUCUAUGGGUCGGGCCGUGUUUGAUUUUGUUUGUGAAUAUUGUAGUACACAUGGGAGUGAGUCCGGUAGGAUUUGUGAUAUUUGGGGAGAUAUUCCCUUUGGAUUUGAAAGGUUUUGGCUCUUUUUUCAGUGGGAUUGUGUUCACAGCUUCGUACGGUACAAUAUUGAAGCUAACACCAGUUUUGAUGGAAAGUUUAGGUGUAGAAGGCGCGUAUUUUAUUUACGGAUGUUCUUUGGCUGUAUGUUUAGUUUUAUUAUUUUUCAUUUUGCCAGAAACUAAAGACAAGACUUUAUCAGAAAUAGAAAGUAGAUUGAAAGGUGAACCGAAAAGUGUUUGUGAAAAAGAAAACACCUUGUUGGGCGUUAGUUAACCUGUAAAUUUUAGUUUGACUAAAUAUAUGUAAUUCUUAGGGAAACUUAGUGACUAAAGACUGUAAUAAGUUAUUUUAACGACUGUCUAAUGUAUUUGCAACAAAGAUCAAUGAUCCAAACCAUAUAAUUAAGCGAAACAUCCAUCUUCACACGUUUUAGUGAUAGUGACGUUUCUUAGCACGUGCUUAAUAUGCUUAUUUAUGUCACAAACACCUUGAAAACACGUGAUAGAUAUCUUUAAUUUUAUUGUUAAAUAUUUAU